AUGAAAGCUAUCUCCCAAAUACCUGGGCUCCUUCGUUGUUCCACCGAGAUUCAUUGCAUGAUCUUUGAGUCUCUGUCUGCCGAGGAUUUCUACGGUUUAUUCUGGGCAUGCAAGUUUUUGAAUGAGUUUACGGAGCCGUACCUGUACUCUGAGAUUCAAUUGAAUUGGAGAAAACAUUCGAGACCGCCCCGAAUCCUCUCGCUCGUCAAAAGCAUACUUUCGAAACCCUACCUAGCUAAUGAAGUAAAAGGUCUCACGCUCGGCAAACAUGGUGGUGAAUCCAUGCGUAGUGUUGCCACAAUUCGUGAUGUCAGACCCAAGGUGGACGAAGUUGACCUCGAACAGUUGAUUGAAGUUAUCAAGACAUUCAAGAACAUUGAUUAUGGAGAUUUUUGGAUCCGUCAAUUGCGCAACGGAAAUCUGGACGCUUUCGUCGCAGUCUUGUUGUGCAAACUCCCGAACCUGAUAUACUUUCGAUUGGAUCCGAAUUUUUUGCAUGACAGUCGAGUCGUUGGCUUGGUCCUCACAUCGACUCUAGAUCGAGAUACCAACUGUGGAUUUGCCUUUUUUCAACGACUUCAGUAUGUUUCCUUCAAUGAGACCUCCUUAGGUCGUUUUAGAUACAAAGAUUCGGACCCAUACGACAUCCUUAUGUUAUUCUAUUUUCCAAACAUUCUUUGUCUAUCGGCUACGCUAUAUAUUCCCAUAGAUUUCGGUUGGGAACCAGCUUCACCACCGGUAAUAUCAACCCUUACGUCACUAGAUCUUGACAUGGUAAGUACAUUCGUUCUACGUCGGAUCCUUAGUUUUACGACUAGACUCAAGAUUCUGCGCUGGAGAUGGCAUCGUUUUGACGAUUGUGGAACUACGGUAGAAUACGACGAAAUCAUGAGUGCAUUGUCGUCCGUUCAAAAUACCUUGACUAUGCUCACUAUCUCAGCAGAGAAUGAGGUCGUUGAUGAGAACUCUUCUCCAAUCACAGUCAGAGGAUCAUUAGAUGGACUCGUCAGUUUCGCAUUCUUGAAAAGACUUGAGAUUAACUUGGAAUUUCUAGCCGGUUCUUUCUCAAAUUAUCGACUUAGUUAUAUUCCUAGAUUUGGCCGGAUUUUACGAUUUGAACGGAUUGUACCUAGGAAUAUUGAGGUUCUCACACUCACGGAUGGUAAAGAGUUAGAAUGGCGAAACCAUAUUAACUAUAUCAUGGUAGUCAGUGCAGUUCUAUCUUGGUUGAAAAUUUGGAAAACAUUAACACCUCACCUUCGAAGCAUCCGUUUUCUACUGGCUUACGACUAUCAGGAAUCUGACUCUACUCCCAUCCGGGAUCCAUACAAACUUGAUCGCACUAUGCGGCAGUUUCUAGAUAAAUUAAGCGCACGAGCGGGGGUUGAAAUUGAAGUACGACGGAUAUUUAGAACAGAUCUUUGAUCCGUGUUCGUUUAAAACUACAGGAAAAGAUUACCCAAAUCUGGGUAAUCGGAGCAAAAGAUAUUGCUGAAAUCGGGGAGAGUGUUGGAAAAUCGACUCGGCUCAUCGUCUCUACGCAGGGAUCAAACAUGCCGUACUAUCCGUGGUGGGUCGUCUGAGAAUACAACUCGUCAAAACAGUCUAGAUAUACUUUAUGACUUUUACACGUACAAACAUAGAAAUCCGGUAUCACAUCACUGCAUAUCAUUCCGAUUGACCCUCUAAAGAUAAUGGAUUUUCGAUAAAGAAGAUCUUAUCGUCCACCUGGUUGAACAUGCGGGGUCAUGCUCGAUAUGCAGAAAACUCGAGUUCUGAUUGGUUGAGGUCAGGUACAACUUUUGUACGAUACUGCACGGCAGUUGGAUGUUUUCUUAUUGUCAGGGGUAUGAAAUGGGAAUACCUGCCUAUAGUGGUUUUGCAUAGCGGGACUUUGCAGUUUUCUUGUUGGAAAUGUGAAACUAACCGUUAUCACUUGUUAUCUUGC